UCAGAGAUAGAUACCAGAGCCUGGGGGAAGCCACCUUGAGCUCCACCCUUUGAUCACAGGCUGCCAUUGUGGGUCACAUUCUAGAAUGCUAGUGUGGAAGUCCCUAAAGAAAGAGCCAGUAAGACAAAUGAGGGUUGACUACAGCAGAAAGGUGGCGGCAGCUCACACCCUGAAGUGGUCUGACCAUUGACUCAGCUCCACAGCCGGGUCUCUGCACCUCUGCCCCACAUGGAGUCUCAUUCAAGCUGUCCAUAUACUAGUUUACAACGGAUAUGUGUGCAAAUCCCUGUGGAGGAACAUGACAUAGAAACACUCCAUGGUAUAGUCCACGUCACCAUAAGGGGCUCCCUGAAAGGAAAUAAACCAGUAAUCCUGACGUACCAUGACAUCGGCCUUAACCAUAAAUCCUGUUUCAAUACCUUCUUCAACUUCGAGGAUAUGCAGGAGAUCACCCAGCACUUUGCUGUCUGCCACGUGGACGCCCCAGGCCAGCAAGAAGGGGCACCUUCCUUCCCAACAGGGUAUCAGUACCCCACCAUGGAUGAGCUAGCCAAAAUGCUGCCUCGCAUUCUUAUACACUUAAGUGUGAAGAGCAUCAUUGGUAUUGGAGUGGGAGCAGGGGCCUACAUCCUCAGCCAAUUCGCGGUAAACCCUACCAGUUUUGAAGAGUUGAGGACCAACCUGGAACUGAUUCAAAGUUACAGACUACGCAUUGCCCAAGAUAUCAAUCAAGGAAACCUAGAGCUUUUCCUGCGUUCUUAUGAUAGACGCAGAGACCUGAAGAUAAAAAGACCCAAACCAGGCCAAAAUGAUAACAGGCUGAAAACACUGAAGUGUUCCACUUUACUGGUGGUGGGGGACAAUUCACCUGCUGUGGAGGCUGUGGUUGAAUGUAAUUCUCGCCUCAACCCUAUAAAUACAACUUUGCUGAAGGUAAUGUGUCUUCUGUCACCACUUGUGAGGGACUUAGCAUGA